AUGUUUGCUCAAGGCAUUUUAAAAGAUGGGGACUUUGAAGUUUCACUAACUGGCAGACGUACGCUUCGAGACGGGGCAGUGCCGUCGAGAUUAGAAUGGAAAACAGCUUCUCCCAAGAAGAGAAAGUCACCAGCAAAAUCAAGAUCUAACAUUCAAUUUAUAGAUCCAGACUCUGACAGUGAUGAACUGGCUGGUCAAUCAUCUAGCCAUUUAGAGGAAGACGUUACGGGGCCAGAAACGAGGAAACAAACGCGUUUGAAACUGAACUCAACGAACUGAAGACCAGAGUCGAGGACUUGACGGAGAGGUGCACAAACAGUGAGCGUAAAGUGUUUUGUUUCAGCCGAUUUUACAAUGACAACAACAGUUUUCAAUUCUAUACUGGCUUUCCAGAUGUGAAACUAUUUGAUGCUCUGUAUAAGUUUUGUAAUCCUGGAGAACAUGGUGAAAAUAUUUCUUACUGGCAUUCUGUGACUACAAGUGAAGGUUCUACUUCUAGUGAUUCUUCAACAAAACAGGGCAGGCCAAGAAUACUUCAUCCCAAGGAGGAACUAUUUAUAACAUUGUGUAGAACGAGGCAAGGUUUCCCUGAAGAACACCUUGCACAUUUGUAUGGGGUGUCUCAGAGCACCACUAGCAAAAUUAUUGUUACUUGGGUGAAUUUUCUUUAUUUGAAACUUAAGGAUGAUGUACCAAUGUGGCCUUCUCGGGAGUUGGUGGAUAAAUAUAUGCCAGAGCAAUUUAAAGAAAAAUUUCCCUCGACUAGAGUGAUUAUUGAUUGCACCGAGAUCAAAUGCCAGAUGCCAAGCAGCCUUCUUUUGAACAGUGAACUAUUUAGUUCCUACAAGAACAACGCUACCCUUAAGUGUCUGGUUGGCAUAACUCCUGGUGGAGCACUAUACACCGGGCACAACUAUACACCGGGCACAUCUCUGACCGAGAAAUUGUCAUGCGAAGUGGUUUCUUGGACCAGCAGUUCAAUAAUGGAGACUCGGUCAUGGCUGACAAGCAGGGACGUCGCGAAGGCAUGAACAUUGGGGGGUGUCCUCAAAUUUUGACCAACUUUUUGGGGAACAUUUUGACCAAGUUUUGAGUUUGAACAACGUCACUUUCGCGAAGAAGAAACUGAAUGCUUGUGGGAGAUUCUGGUAAAAUUCCUGUAAAAUUGCAAACAGCAUUUUUAAGAAAAUAAUAUUUCAAUGAUUUUAACAUCUUUACCCCAAACUAAUUACUGCACAGUUGUUAGAGAUUAUUUGAACUCAGCUUAUAAAAACAAAUUUGAUCAAUGUGAGUGAAUAAACAUAUUCAAAUUAUAGGCUUUCAAUGAAAUAUUAGACAGCUAA